UUUCGUUGUAAUUACGCUGUCUUCUUAUCUCACUGAUGUGUUUACCCAUAGUGUAAUAAAAACCUUCUGAUAAAGAAGUUAUUUUCCAAAAUUCUUUUAGAAAUUAUACCGCAAAUUACCUUGAUUUAGGUAUAGCAUAUCAAGAGAUUUCACACGAAUGUUUUUUCAUUGCCAGUUGAAGUGUUUAGUUGGUUCAACUUGAACGUUGAAUACGGAUAGGUAGACUCGUCGUGAUGAACUUGAAUUAACGUUUUUCGAGAGUAUUGCCUUUAUUAUAUACGUAAUUACCCGCAUUAAGCAUGGAGAAAAAAAACGUCGUCGAUUUGCAUCUUUUACCGGACCAUCAGAAGGGAGCGAAAAUAUAUAGAGAUACCACAUCUCAAAUCGUUAACGAGACACCUUCAUUAUGGUUUUCGAAAAGAUUCCUAGUCGCGACUGUGUUAUUUUUAUGUUUCGUGAACUUCCAAGUAUUAAGAAAUAACAUCAACAUUAUUGUAGUCGAGAUGACAUCCAACAGAACGUACAAAGAGGGAAAUUCUACAUUCGUGAAGCCACCAGAUUUCAACUGGGAUCAGACGACAAUUGGAUUAAUCAUCAGUAUUCUGGCUUACGGAGGCUUAUUCUCAAUUUUUGGCGAUGUUGCAAUAAAUAAACUCGGAGGAUCGGUAACUUGCGCUUGGUGUAUGCUGAUUGCUGGUAUUAUGACCAUACUGCAUCCUGCUAUUUUGCAAAUUGAUUUCUCUUUAUUUUUGGCUUGUCGUUUUCUGACUGGAAUAUUCGAGAUGUUUUUCUAUGUCAGCACCUCCGACAUAUUCUCAAGAUGGUUUCCUAAAAAAGAAAGAUCUACUCUGAUAUCGUACAGUUUCAAUGGGACAAACAUAGGUGUAGCUGGAGUUUACCCAUUUUGCGGAUACCUGGCUUACAAAUGGGGUUGGCAAGUGGCAUUUUACAUCACAGGAAUUAUAUCUGUACUUUCGGCGAUACUCUGCUUGAUUUUGGUGAAAAAUCAGCCAUCUGAUGAUAAAUGGAUCUCGAAAAAAGAACUCGCUUACAUAUUAGAAGAAACUGAUCGUAGUACGAAGAUGAAAGUGAAUCAUCCUUUCUGGAGUAUUGUCACUUCGGGUCCAGUUUGGUCUUUGUGCAUCGUUACGUUCGUUUUCAUGUGGGUUGCAUCAGUUUUGAAUGCGUGUUUACCUUUGUACAUUAAAGAUUUGACUCAGAAAGAUACCGAUGAAAUUGGACUCAUAUCGUCGAUUCCAAACAUAGUUUUCUUAGUAUUAUUUCCAAUCAACGGAGCAUUAAUGGAUUAUUGGAAAAAUCACAGCAAUAUCACAGUGACUGGGGUACACAGAAUAAUAAUGAGCAUCGCGUUCUUUUUUGCAAGUGUCAUGUUCGUAGUUUCUGGGCUGACUUCUAAUGUCAACGCAACUUUAAUCUUUUUCGUACUCAUUCAAAUUCCAAUGUCGUUCCUGCCAAUUAUUAUACAAGUUCUUCCUAUCAAUUUGGCUCCUGAUCAUGUCAGUGUGGUUGCUGGUAUGUCUACAUGUGCAUUCUCACUAAGUGCCAUUGCAGCUCAAACCAUUACAGGUUAUAUGACCGAACAUCAUAGUGAGCAAGAAUGGAACAAUUGCUUCUAUUUGGCCGCUGUUAUUUCGGUUUUCGGUGCCAUCGUGUUCGUAUUAUGGGGUUCUAGUGAACUUCAACCUUGGGCUUCGAAGCCCCCGGCUAAAGAAGAACGUGUUCUAUAUGAGAUUAAUUGAAAAUCCAAGUAUAGGUACCUACCCAAGUGUUUUUGAUGUGAUUCAAGUGACAUAAGCUUACGUGUAAUACUCAUAAGACUCAAGAGGCUGUAAACGUUUUCAAUAAUCAUUGAAAAAUGUUUUUUUUUUACUCGUAUGUGUGUUGAAAAUUUUUGAAUUCAGACAUCAAUUUGACCUCUGAAUCGUGUUCAAUGAUUUUGAAACAGUUUGACGAUUUUCUAAAUGAGAAGAUCGAAAAGUGAGGGUUAAAUUUUGAACAAUUUUUAUCAUUAUUUUAAAUUACUCGUACGAUGUUUUUGUGCAACCUGAGCAAUGUUUUAUCAAUUUUUACAUUACCUGUGGAUACUUCCCUUUGCAAUUAAACUAUUUUUUUCAAGUUGGAAA